ACAAGGAAGGGCUUUCUUUUGCUGGGGGGGUUUGUUUUGUAAAGUGUGGAGGUUGGUGGAAAGCAACACAGGGCCAGGUGACGCCUUUGAUGUAACCCUUUUUUUUGUUGAGUUUUAGGAAGGGGGGAGCCGAUCAUUGCUGAGGUUCCUUCCGUGUAAAAGUCGAAGGGUUAUAAAAAGGGCUUGUUCAUUCCCCCCCCCCCCCCCUCAAAAAUCCCAACUUGCACACAAUAGUUACAGUUUGGCUCUCUCGCGUUCACUCGUCCAUUUGGCUCCAUCGAUUCCAUUGUUUUAGCUCCUUUGGUUUCGUUCGUUCGUAGUUCUGCCCAUAGUGUCCUCCUCCCGUUCUUGUUCUUUGAAUAAAAGUCUGCCACCACCAUGCUCGCAGAAAAGGCUCAAGCAAAAGCUCAAGCAGCGCUCGCAAAGCUCCAAAAAGCUCUCACAUCCAACGGUGUCAUCCCAGACGUCAUUCCAGAUUCCCUCAACUUCAAGCCUGCCUAUGAGCUCAACAUCAAAUUCCCGUCCGGAAAAAAGGCUGCACUGGGAAAAGAGCUUUCUUCUGCUGCCUGUCUCUCGGCCCCCGCAGCGUCGUGGCCAGCAGACGAAAACGCCUUUUAUACCCUCAUCAUGGUCGAUCCUGAUGCGCCAUCGCGUGAAAAGCCGACGCAAGGUGAAAUUCGCCACUGGGUCGUCGCCAACAUUCCCGGCAGCAACAUUGACAAAGGAGAGGACCUGACAGAGUUUAUGGAGCCGCAGCCCGAGACCGGCACUGGGCUGCACAGAUAUGUCUUUUUGUUGUACCGUCAAAAAGACAGGAUGGAGUUGAGCGUCUUUGAGGGAAAGAGGACGGGUUGGAAUGCUCAUCAGUGGGCCAAGCGUAAAGGAAUGACAUUGGAAGCUGUCAAUUUCUUCCAGACCCAAGAGAAAUAAAGGGUCGUUGGGUCUAAACAAGGCUCGUCCCAACAACACGGUUUUGUGUGUGUGUAUAUAUUCUACAGAAAUACAAUUCAAAAAUGCAAACAGAGAAUAUAUAUAUAAAACGUUUUCGAUACAUUAUUUUUCUACAUAUCAAGUGUUUUUCUUUCUUUAGCCAACUCGUCAAAGUGGAUGUGACAGAGAAUAUAUAUACGUUCGAUGCAUCAUU